CAGUUGGAUUCCAACACUUCUUUUCGUUUUCCAUCCAUUUCAUUCUCCUUUUCCAAGUUUUCAUCUCAAUUAGGGCACUCAAACACGAUCUUUGUUUCUUCACCGGACUUCUCUCCGAUCUGCUCUUCAGGCUGUAAUUUGAUUAGCAAUAAAGCUUUUCAGAUAGCUUCUCUAUCUUUUGGCUUCUCAAAGACUGGAACUGCUGUUUUCGAAGAAGGAAUGAAAUUUGCAUAGAUUAUUUUACUCUCACCUCAUGCCAUGUCGGGUUUACUUAAUUCAUCUCUUAAUGGAUCAGCUUCAAAUCUUCCAGAUGGUACUGGGCGAUCUUUUGCUACCUCAUUUUCUGGUCAGUCUGGUGCAGCCUCCCCUGUUUUUCAUCACUCCGGAGGAGGGUUGCAUAACAUCCAUGGAAGCUUCAGUAUUCAAAACAUGUCAGGUGCACUAACUUCAAGAAAUUCAACUAUAAAUAAUGUUCCAUCUGGUGGAGUGCAGCAACCUACUGGAACACUUUCCAGCGGGCGGUUUGCUUCGAACAACCUCCCUGUUGCUCUUUCUCAGUUGUCUCAUGGCAGCUCCCAUGGGCAUUCAGGAGUCGCAAGUAGAGGAGGUAUAAGUGUUGUUGGAAACCCUGGAUUUAGUAGUAGCACAAAUGCAGUUGGCGGUUCUAUUCCUGGGAUUCUAUCUACUUCUGCUGCUAUUGGUAAUCGAAAUACUGUUCCAGGAUUGGGUGUAUCCCCAAUUUUGGGAAAUGCAGGUCCUCGAAUCACAAGUUCAAUGGGAAAUAUGGCCAGUGGAGGCAACAUAGGAAGGAGUAUAACUGCGGGUGGGGGAUUGUCAUUACCUGGUCUUGCUUCUCGCCUAAACCUUGGUGCAAAUAGUGGAUCCGGAAGCUUAACUGUGCAAGGACAAAACCGUCUAAUGAGUGGUGUGCUUCCUCAAGGAUCUCAACAGGUCAUUUCUAUGUUGAGUAAUUCUUAUCCUAGUGCUGGAGGUCCCCUUUCCCAAAGCCACAUGCAGAGUGUGAAUAGUUUGAAUUCUUUGGGGAUGUUGAAUGAAGUGAACACCAAUGACAAUUCUCCUUUUGACAUUAAUGAUUUUCCUCAGUUAACAAGUCGUCCAAGUUCGGCAGGAGGGCCCCAAGGGCAAUUAAGUUCGCUGAGAAAGCAGGGCCUUAGUCCUAUCGUUCAACAAAAUCAAGAGUUCAGCAUUCAGAAUGAAGACUUCCCUGCAUUACCUAGAUUUAAAGGUGGCAAUGCUGAUUAUGGCAUGGACAUUCAUCAGAAAGAUCAACAUGAUAAUUCUGUGCCUAUGAUGCAGUCUCAGCAGUUCUCUAUUGGAAGAUCUGCUGGAUUUAACCUAGGGGGCACAUAUUCACACCGACCCCAGCAGCAGCAACAACAUUCUCCAGCUGUCAGUAACAGCUCGGUCUCCUUUCCACCUGCAAAUAAUCAGGAUCUCCUACAUUUACAUGGAUCAGAUAUGUUCCCAUCUUCACAUGCUGCAUCCUAUCACCAGCAGUCUAGUGGGCCUCCUGGUAUUGGGUUAAGACCUCUGAGCUCUCCUAGUUCAGCUUCUGGAAUGAGUUAUGACCAACUUAUUCAGCAAUAUCAGCAGCAUCCCAGUCAAUCUCAGUUUCGAUUGCAACAUAUGUCUGGUGUUAGCCAGUCGUUUAGAGAUCAAGGCAUGAAAUCUAUGCAGGCGACUCAAUCUUCUCCUGAUCCAUUCGGCUUACUUGGCUUGUUAAGUGUGAUAAGGUUGAGCGAUCCUGAUCUUGCAUCCCUUGCACUUGGAAUCGAUUUGACCACAUUAGGAUUAAAUUUGAAUUCAGCAGAUAACCUUCACAAGACUUUUGGCUCCCCAUGGUCUGAUGAACCUGCCAAGGGCGAUCCGGAUUUCAUUGUACCACAAUGCUAUCUUAUCAAACCACCACCUACACUACAUAGAGGCUACUUCUCAAAAUUUACUCUGGAGACACUGUUUUAUAUAUUUUUCAGCAUGCCAAAAGAUGAAGCCCAGUUAUACGCUGCGAAUGAACUUUAUAAUAGAGGCUGGUUUUAUCACAAAGAACAUCGGUUCUGGUUCAUUCGGGUCUCAAACAUGGAACCACUUGUGAAGACUAGCACGUACGAAAGAGGAUCAUAUCUCUGUUUCGACCCCCACACGUUCGAAACUAUUCGCAAGGAUAAUUUCGUUCUCCACUACGAGAUGGUAGAAAAGAGACCAGUUCUGUCCCAACAUUAAGGUUCACUUUUCUUUUUUCUUUUUAUAAUUCAUAAUUAUAAUUUAUAAUUUUAGCCUCUUCCUUUUUCAAUAUAUAAAAAAAAGGUCGUUGGUUAGCCUUAGUGUUCUGUUUGUAGAAUUAAUGUUUUGUUAAUAUGGUCAUUGCAAUCAAUUAUAGAGCCCCCUUUGUUAUUGUAAUGAGCCCAUUUUUUCCCUUUUCAAAAAAAAAAAAAAAAAAAAAGAAAACACACAAAACUGUAACUUAGUCCCCUUUCUCUUUGUUCCUUAUUUUACAUCAUAUUUUAGAUUGUUAGUCCAGCUUUUCUCUC